AUGCCCACGAGAAGAGCUCUUCCCCUGUGGACACUGGUAGUGCUGCUGCAGCUGGUGGGCUGCCUCCUCAGUCCCUGUUUGGAGGUCAUCCCUACCAAAGUUUUCAGAUGCGUGGGGCAGAACAUCUCUGGAGUCCCCUCUGAAGUCCCAAACACCACCCAGAACCUGGAUUUCAGUUUCAGCAAUCUGAAAUCACUGGGGUCAAAGUAUUUUGCAUCAGUCCCUGAACUGAAUCUUCUGGAUCUUACAAGGUGCCACCUCCAGACAAUAGAAGAUAACUCCUUUAAGGGUCUUCAUAAACUUUCCACAUUAAUUCUAACUGCCAAUCCCCUCCAGGACCUGGGGCCAGCAGCCUUCUAUGGCUUAACAUCUCUGAAAAAGCUAGUGCUGGUGGAAAACAACAUCACCUCCCUGACUGACCUGCCCAUUGGACACUUGCAUACCCUGCAGGAGCUGAAUUUGGGCCACAACAACAUUGCUUCAUUGAAGCUUCCCAAGUAUUUCGCCAACUUGACCUUUCUCAGGCACCUGAGCUUUUUCUCUAACAAGAUCACAUAUAUCUCCAGAGGAGACCUUGAUGCCUUGAAGGAAGUGAACAGACUCAACCUCACAUUGGUACUUUCCUUGAACUACAUAAAAUGCAUAGAGCCAGGGUCCUUUACAAAGAUUCACCUUGGUGAGCUGGUUCUAAGGUCUGCUUUUGAGAACUUCAGUGCAAUGCAGUCUUCUCUUCGAGGCCUGACUGGUUUACAGGUUGGCAGACUGAUAGUUGGAGAAUUCAGUGACAACCAGAGGCUGGUGGACUUUCAGAGCGGACUCCUGAGUGGACUGUGCCAGGUACAAAUGCAAAAGUUUGUCUUAAUCUCUUUCAGGGAUUUUGAGGAUAACACAGACACUCUUUUUAACUGCAUAGGCAACGUCUCCAGCAUCCACUUGGUGAACCUCCUUCUUGAGGAGAUAUCAGAGGUUCCUAUGUACUCACAAGUGAAGCAGCUGGAAUGCAAGAAAUGCAGGUUUAAGGAAGUGCCUGCCAUGAAGUUGUCUCUUUUCAAGCAGCUGAGAGUACUUCGUAUUAUCAAGAACAAACACCUCAAUAGCUUCCGGGAGACAUUUGAGGACCUGACUAACCUGGAGGUGCUAGAUUUGAGUGAGAAUCGCCUCUCCUUCACUCUCUGCUGUUCCCCUAGGUUCCGCAACUGUCCCAACUUGAAACACUUGAACCUCAGCUUCAAUGCUGACAUCAGUGUGACUGGGGAUUUCACUAACCUGAAGAACUUGUUGUACUUGGACUUUCAGCACACAAAGUUACUUGGUCCUGGCUCCUACCCUGUCUUUCUAUCUCUUCAAAAACUCAUUUACCUUGAUAUUUCCCACACCAGAACCCACGUUAAAUCCCAGUGUACCUUUUGUGGCCUGAACUCCUUGCGAGUGCUGAAGAUGUCAGGCAACUCCUUUGAGAACAACAAACUAGCCAACAACUUCAAAAACCUGAGCCACCUCCACACCUUGGAUAUUUCAGGUUGCCAAUUAGUACACGUAGACCAAAGUACAUUUGAUGCCCUCUCUGAACUAAAAGAGCUAAACAUCAGCAAUAAUAAGCUACUGAUCUUUGAUCCUGUUGUCUACAAGCCCCUCCAAGCCCUCACAGCCCUGGAUUUCAGCAACAACCAGCUGAGUGUUCUCUUGGACUCAGCCCUGGAAAUCCUGCCUAAUAGUCUAGUCCUGUUGGACAUCUCUCAAAACCUCUUUGAGUGCUCUUGUGUGUACCAGAACUUCCUGAAAUGGAUCAAGGAAAAGCAGGAGCUGCUGCAGAACAAGGAGUCCAUGAUAUGCCACACACCUGUAUAUGUGAAGAACAUGACCCUGUCAAGCUUUGAUCUGUCCUCCUGCCAGCUCCGUGUGAGCACAGUGGCAUCCUCAGUGAUCAUGUUGCUUGCUGCAAUAGUGUUCCUUUUCCUGAUUUACAAGUACUACUUCCAGCUCUACUACUCAUUGCUGCUACUCAGUGGGUGUAAACACUCUGCAGAAAGAGGUGACACCUAUGAUGCCUUUGUUAUCCACUCCAGCAAAGACCAAGAAUGGGUGAUCAAAGAGCUGGUGGAACCCUUAGAAGGAGGAACACCUCCCUUCCAUUUUUGCCUUUACUACAGGGAUUUCCUACCGGGGGUACCCCUUGUCACCAAUAUCAUCCAAGAAGGUUUCCUGAGUAGCAGAAAUGUCAUUGCAGUCAUCUCUACUGACUUCCUGGAAAGUAAGUGGUGUAGCUUUGAGUUUGACAUUGCCCAGUCCUGGCAACUGGUUGAAGGAAAGUCUGGAAUCAUCAUGAUUGUACUAGAAGAAGUGAAUAAGGCUUUGCUAAGGCAGAGGCUGGGGCUGUCCCGAUACCUGAGGAGGAACACCUACCUGGAGUGGAAAAACAAGGAGAUAAGCAGGCACAUCUUCUGGAGGCAGCUGACAGGAAUCCUGUUAGAAGGCAAAAAAUGGAAUCACGAGCAGGUAAAGCUCAUGUGAAGAGGAAGGGAGAUCACUUCUCUCCUGUAUCCCA